AUAACUACUAUUUUUUUUUAAAAGGAAACAACAACUAGCUAUGGCAGAAAAUACAAUUUGUGGGUCUACCCCACCUCAGGGGGCUUUCAAUCCUGGUUAAGAAUGCCUGUUUCUAGGGAAAUGUUUCUGACACAGGUGCAGUUAUUUGAUAUCCAUGGGAGGUGAUGUUUUUUAUAGGGUGCAGAGGUUUGUUACGUUAUAUUUCAAGGUGGAUCUAAAUUUUUCUGACAAUUUGUGACAGUGUAGGCAUGGGGAGGGGUAAAAAAUCUGCAAAAUUUGUGUUAAUUCAUUUAUGUAUUGAACAAUAUUUUCAAAAUGAAAAAUUUUAAUUAAUGCCUUUAAGGCCUAUGGCUUGAAAAAAACAACUAAUUGAUUUGAUACCAAAGUUAUGAUUGUAGGUCCAUUCUACAGAAAGUAAUGAUCAUUUUCAAGAACAAGAAUUAUUUUAGUAUAGCUCUGUUAAUUGAGACAAGUAAGAAAAUAUUAAAGUGAAUAAUAUAAAAACCGGGUAGAGACUUUUUGAGAGAGCUGACACUCCUUGGUCAUAUGAUUUUUCUAAUUUUCAAGCUUUAAUAAACAAUGCCGACAAUGGUAUCCAGAGAGGAAAUGUAGUCAUCAUUCCCAUGUUUUCACUGUUUUGAAACUUAAAUAAAAUUGUUGGAGUAGGGUGGGGAAAAAGAAUUAUUUGCCCAUUCAUGUAGAUAAAUAGAUGCUUACUUAAUACAGUGGUUAUCAUGAAAAUGGCAACUGGUGGAGAAUGUGCGAGAAAUUAAAAACUAGAGUUACGUCAAUUCAAAUUGAUUUAUUUAAAAAAAAAUGAUUAAAAAAAACAGGACAACACAGUAUUGAUUACCAUUCUAUUCUCUUUAAAUGAUAUAUAUCACAACUUAUUUUGACAAAGAAAUGACUGGGACCACAUUUCCCCCAAUGCACAUGCAAUGUUUUUUUUACAUUUUCAAGUUGACCAAAAAUUAAGCAAUAGGCAAUGAUUUGUCACAAACAAAAAAAUAUUUAUUCAAGUUACUAACAUUAUAUACUAGAUUAUGUAAAAUGUCGUUAUAAUUAAAAUUAUCCAAUUUAUAAUUGCAUAACUUAGCUGCUACAAAAUUGCUAUUCUUUACUGUAAAACCUCAAAAUUUGAUUGAAAUUCAGACUGUAAUUGAAUUGUUUUAAUUUAAAAUUUGGGAUUUAUCCAUUUUUAAGAAAGAAGUUGACAUAUUAUAAUUCUCUUACUACCAUGCAGCGAAUAAGAGACUAUUCAUAUUUUUUUUUCUUUUUGCCAUGUUUAAGUGUUAAUAAAAAAAAAAUUGCUUAUAUCUGGAUGCCCAUAAAAUGUGCAUACCGUACUUUAAGUAGUAUUUCUUAAUGUUCUUCACUUACUCAGGUUUAGCCGAGGCCUACUAAUUUGAUCAUUUAAAUUUCUCACACUGAAAUUACUUACUCAUGUUUUGACUUAGGCAACUAAUUUUAAAUUUGUUUAUCCUUAGCAUAGUGUUUUGACUUAGGCAACUACUUUUAAAUUUGUUUAGCUUUAGCAUAAUGUUUUGACUUAGGCUACUACUUUUAACAAAGUUUGGCCUUAGCAUUGGCCAACUUUACAAUUGUCAUCCUUAUUAAUAUAAAUUUUGAUGUCACAAGAUAAUGGUCACUGCCUAGGUUUUCAUGGAAAUUUUCAGUUUAGUUACUUUUAUAUUUCUGGGGAAGAAAUGUAUCAUUUAAAUCUAGUUAAAGAGAAGUGUUCAUCUUCACCAAUUUAUAUGUAGCUGGUCUUAAUUAUCACCCUAAAUAUGAGCAGACACGUAUGAAUUGGUGAAGAUGACAAUGUCCCUUUAAUUAGAUUAAAAUAUUAAUAUUACCCUAAAAUAUUGAUUUUUUAAAUGAAUGAGGGCUUUAAUUUUUAUACUUGAAUCUUUGGUACUGGGACCCAUAUAUUUUGAUGUGAUAUGUUUGUACCAUUAGUGCUUACUGAUCACUGUACUCACAUGUUUUGCUGUAAUCAAUUUUGUUUGCUUUUUAUUAUCCUCAACAGAAGGACAAAGACACAGUUUUAGAUUUCACCAGUCACUUCACAAGUUUUUAUGCCAUUUUUCUUGAUAUUGAUUUUGAGCACCUCGCUGAAGGGUAAGUUUAUUUUAUCCUGCACAAGUAGCUUAGAUACAAUAUGUAAGAUGUUAUUAAAAAAAAUAAAAAUAAAGCAAGUUACUUUAAAUGCACUGCUAUAUGAUGCCAGGAAUACCUUUUCACUCAUGACAAACUGUUGUGAACAAAAUUGUCCACAGCCUCUACAAUCAAAGUCCACUUUUAACCGAACACCCAAAGUCCACGCUACAACACCUUGGUCAGGUUGCUCAAAAAUGUAGCGAGGACACCAUCAAAGAUUUCAAUUUAGAAAGCCUAGACUUGAUGGCAGAAAUCUUGAAGUGCCUUGUCAUUAUAUGCAGGUAGUUUAUAACUUUCCAUCUGUGGGGGAUAAAAACUCUUUUAAUUUUGUUGUUUCUUUUUCAAGACAUAGUGUUAGAAUAGUGGUGACCCCAUGUCAAGUUGAUCACUGAUUGGCUGCUUUGGUGGUUAAAGCUUUUAGCUUGGAGUUUUCCUUCUCCCCAAGAAUAUUUAAGUCGAUUUCCCUUGAUUAUUUGCCCACUGGCAACUCUUUACCUCCAGAACUUACCCGCUAUAGAGCUGUCUAAAUGUUACAAAUAAAUAUAAUGCAUUUUUAAUAAUAUUUUCAGAAAUUUUGAUAAUCUGCUGUUUGUAGCAUCCUAUGAUUUUGUCAAACAAGUCAUAACCCUUGCCCAGGCUGUGAUUUUGUUAAACAAGUCAUAUCCCUUGCCCAUGCUGUGAUUUUGUUAAACAAGUCAUAACCCUUGCCCAUGCUGUGAUUUUGUCAAACAAGUCAUAACCCUUGCCCAUGCUGUGAUUUUGUUAAACAAGUCAUAACCCUUGCCCAUUCUGUGAUUUUGUCAAACAAGUAUAACCCUAGCCCAGGCUGUGAUUUUGUCAAACAAGUCAUAACCCUUGCUCAGGCUGGGUUUUUGUCAAACAAGUCAUAACCCUUGCUCAGGCUGUGAUAUUGUCAUACAAGUCAUAACCCUUGCCCAUGCUGUGAUUUUGUCAAACAAGUCAUAACCCUUGCCCAUGCUGUGAUUUUGUCAAACAAGCCAUAACCCUUGCAACAAUUUGUUCACAUUUUUAUUUUCUUCUUCUUUUUUUUAUAUUUAAGGGCACACGAUAAAUGUGUUGAUCAUUCUGGCUACGGUUUGAAUUCAGAGUUUGUCUUCUCUUGGAUGAGUUGCCAUCCAAGGCUAGCGAGUACCAUCCACUCGGGGUGCAUGGGAUGUUGGCUUUGUUGGGCAUUGAACUCCAGACCACCAGCUAUUUGGUUUGAGACAGUUUAAACUGCUCAGCCACCCAGCACCUAUUUCUGCUUUAAAAUUAAAGUUAGAAUUUAUAUUAACAUCUUCUUUAACUGAAAAUCUCAGAAAAAUUCACAAUUUUAUCCAAACAUAGAAUAUAUUGAGGCUGAUUCUUAGUUUUCACCCCGUGACGUCAUUUGCAUGUUUUUUAUAGUUGCAAUGAAUUAGGGUUCAGGUUAGGCAGAAGGAUCGAUUUAGGAACACAUUAAUGACAAAAUUAACUUGUUGUGUCAACCAAGAUGGCAGCCAUCGCGUGACGUUUUCUAAUAAUUUACCGAUAUUGAUAUUUAUAACAUAAGAUCAUUUUAUAUAAACCUACAAAGAGUGAUUUAAAUUAUAAUUUUUCAUACGCACACACACACACACACACAGCUUGGAUGUCAUGUAAAAACAUGUUUGAAUUUUGUUAUUUUCUUCUUACCUGUCAUCCCUUCAGAAAUUUGUCUUUAAUAAUUUUUUUAUCAUAGUUACAAAUUGAAUCUUGUUACUUGAAAUAGGGACAAAAAACUCAAAUAAUGGUUUCUUGUUUUUAUCAUCUCAGCGCCAGGUUGAGGUUCCUGAUGUGUUUUCCAGCUACAUGCAAGUCAUGCUGGAGAUCAGCUCAAAAUUCCAGGGGCCGGAAAUACUUAUCUUAGUCGUUUGGUAGGUUCCUGCGUCUGAAGGAGUCUUUGCUUUAAUUAUGAUUAUUUAGUUUUCAAUUUGAAGUGACUCUAACGUGUAGUUAAAUUAUGGACUUAUUAAUGGAAAGAAAGUCGGUGGAGCUCCCAAGCUUAAGGGUGUGUGCAUGUGUAUUACUUUAUUGCUAUUUGGUAUAUGCAUUUGUGGUAUUCCCAUGCCAAUUAAUAUAUUUAAUCUCCAUGCUAAUAGAAGUGGCACCGGGAAGAAUGAGUGGCACCGGACAUCACAGGGUGUGGACAACGGCAAUGUGAGCUGAUGACAGCAACAGGACAGAGAAGCGGCACAGAGGUAGGUGUAUAUAUUUUUAUUUUAUACAUGUUAAGAGGUUUAUGUUUGUGUCUUAUUCUUUGCUAAUUGGUGCAUGUUUGUGGGUUUUUCCCAAGCUUAUAGUUGUAUGUAUGUGUAUUAUUUUAUUGCUAAUUGGUAUAUGUAUCUGUGUAAUCCAUAUACCAAAUGAUAUGUGUUAUAGCCAUGCUAAUUGGUUUAUGUAUGUGUUAUUUCCAUGUUAAUAGGAGUGGCACCGGGAAGAAUGAGUGGCACUGGACAUCACAGAUUGUGGACAAUGGCAUUGGGAGUGGAUGAAGGCACUGUGAGUGGACGAUGGCAUUGGGAUUGGACGAUGGUACUGUGAGCGGAUGAUGGCAAUGGAAGCAGACGAUGGAACUGGGAGCGAACAAUGUCACUGGAAGAGGAAUAUGGCACUGACAUCAGACGACAGCAUUUGAAGCGAAAGAAGGCAUCAGAACAGAAGAGCUGCACAAGAACGGCGAAGCUUUACUGACUUAGGUGUAUCUGUGUUUAUUAUAUCUGUUUAUUGGCAUAUGUUUGUUUUUUUUCCAUGCUGAUUGGUAAGUGAACUUGUGUUACUCCAUGCUAUCUAGUAUAUAAAUGUUAUUCCCAUGCUAAUUGACAUAUGUAUGUGUGUUUUCCCCAUGCUAAUUGGUGUAAGUUUGUGUAUUAUUGCAUCGUUAGUUAGUAUAUGUAAGUGUGUUAUUCACAUACCGAUUUAUAUAUGUAAAUUUUAUUUUCAUACUAACUGGUUCAUGUAUGUGUUAUUUUUAAUGCUAAUUUUUGUAAGUAAAUUUGAUUGUCCAUUCCAAUAGAUGUAAGCAUGUGUCUUAUUUGAUAAUAAUUGGUGUAUGUUUAGGUGUUUUUCCCAAUGCUUAUUGGUCUAUUUA